CAGGUUUGGUAGAACCAGACCAGGGUAGAAAUUUUGAGUCCCUGUUGAUACGCCAGUUAUGUGAGCUCUACGGUGUGGUGAAGUCUCGUACUACUCCCUAUCACCCGGCUGGUAACGGCCAGUGUGAACGUUUUAAUCGCACCUUACACAAUCUGUUGCGCACUCUGCCAGUAUCCAGGAAACGAGAUUGGGUGGCUUGUCUUCCCCAGGUGGUGUUCAGUUAUAAUAGCACUCCUCAUCAGGGCACAGGGGAAUCGCCACACUUUUUGAUGUUUGGUCAGGAGCCACGAUUGCCUGUUGAUUUCCUGUUGGGAAGAGAACCACAGGUAAGAGAAGGUAGUGUGCAUGACUGGGUCGUGGAGCAUCAAACGAGGCUCCAAGUGGCCUUUGCAGGGGCACGUGAACGAUUGCAGGUCAUGGCUGAUAGGCGCAAGGCCAAUCAUGAUCAGUAUGUCCGAGAUGAUCCACUGGUGGAGGGUCAGUUAGUGUACCUCCGCGAUUAUGGGGUAAGGGGCCGCCAUAAAAUCCAGGACCUGUGGAGCCCAGUGGUUUAUCAAGUGAUAAGGGCACCCAAGGAGGGUGGUGUAGUUUACACCAUUGCGCCUCUAGAUGACCUGACCAAGGUAAGGAAUGUGCAUCGUUCACUGUUAAAGCGUCGAGUCUGUAAAGAGACAGUGGUUGUUAAUUAUGGCAGUCCUUCACAUGACCCAGUUGUGGAAGCAUCAUUGGUUGAGGAAGAGGAUGAGGUAGAUUUACUAGCUUUGGUGCAAGAACGGAAUCAAGUUUGUGUUGAUCCAGAACUUGGUGGGCCGGCAUCUGGGGUGGAACUUGGUCCACAGGAGAGGGUGAGUGUUAUGGGAUCAACUCCAGUUAGUUUGCCAGGAUUGCAGGUUCCAGCUAGGGAUACAACCAGUUUACAGGAGUCGCAGCCUGAAGGCCUGGUUAGGGCAGAGGAGGGUGCCUUACGCAGGACGACACGUGCAAAUGCUGGCCAGCACCCAAACCUGCAUCACCUCCCCCGUUCAGUGGGCGAAACUGGUGAGGUUUAUUUGCAGCAAAUGCAUGCCAUGGUUAGGCAUUUUUAGGCCUUGGGAUUAGGUAAUGCUGACCUUUAGUAGCAGGACCGUCGGGGCGACGAUCCGUGAGUGGGGGGUAGAUUGUAGUGGGAUGAACGGUGUGCGUUCUUUAAAUUGGCCACAAGUGCACGAAUUGUCCAAUCAUAUACUUUCACGGCUAUAUAAAAGGGGACUUUUAAAGCACUAUUGUGUCUUUGCUCACCGCUAUGCGUCACUGCCCGAGGCCCGCCCAUUCCGGUUUUUGGCUCUUUCCGUCUGUCAGUUUCCGACGAAAAUCAUUCAUAGUGUUUGGUUGGCGGCUGCCCUCUCACUCAACAUGCUCCUGCUGUGAUUAUAUCCUUUUGUGGGUUUGAUGUCCGAGUGUGCGUACGGACUGACUCGUGACUACAGCGACAAUAUGGAGGUAUGUGUAACUAUCACUAAGGUCUAUACUUUUUUUACGUGGUAAGUAAUUUAAUGUUUACAUUUUUUUUUUUUUUAGGAAGAAUAGCUGAUUUUAGGAUCCAUUGCACGUCGUGCAGCCUGUGGGGCAACAUUCUUUGAUGCUGCUGUUUUGUUUACGUUUGUUUCUGUGAUCUGUCUCCGACUAUUCAAGGUCACCAUCGGCGCGAUAGCGCACUGUUCAUUGGUCCUUCUCGUUGGGUCAGCACUUUUGUGUAUUUUGUUGUUCAAGUUUAUUUUUCAGUUAUUCAUUUGUUUACUUGGUUUAUUUUGUUGAUUAUUUGUGUUAAUCAUUUGUAUGUAUUUUUUUUUGUUUAAUUUUGUUGUUUAAUAUGUAUUUUGCUCAUGUUUUGUUGAUUAUAUCAGUAUGGCACUGGGAGCGAACAUCUCCCAUUGAGACUGUUCCUAACCUUCAUCAGUAGGUCUUGAUCUUCUGGUCUCAUACUUAUAGUCCUAUCUGUUUGUGUUACUUCAAUUAAAGUAUUUAUUAUUAUUAUUAUUAUUAUUAUUUUCUCUUGUGUUUGAGGUUUUGGGUUAAUUUUUGCUUCUUGUUGUAGGAACCGAGGCUUCAGGCAGGUCGCUGGUUGGCCCUCGUGUGCGGUGGUGGGACUCUGUCACGGAGUGCUGUGUGUUCACGCUUGACGUGAGUGAGUGUGUGUGUGUGUGUGUGUGUGUGUGUGUGUGUGUGUGUAGUGAGACCUGUGCACCUGGUGGUAAGAUCUUUUGCGAUUAUUGUAGCCGUGUGCUCAUCACACUAGUUACCUGCCCUAGGUAAGCCUCGGUUUCCAUUUGGUUGUUUUUGUUUUCUUUGUUUUUUUUCUUUCUUCAUCCAUCUCCAUAUAAAAUAUGCCCAGCCUGCAGGAAUGUUUUAAGAUUUGUGCUUGAUUAUUGUUGAAAUAAAGUUUUGUAUUUUGUUAUCCACGUCUCAGGCCUCCAUAUUUGAAACCACGUUCUUGUAUGCCCAU